CCUGAUGCGCUAAGAUUAAUAAUCGUUUCUCGAUCUUUAACGAUCUGAGAAAGGUCAAUAUCAAAUGACGUAGUUUUUUAUGUUGGCUUUUCGGUUACGUAACCUAUAUAGAAUAUUAGCCAUUAUUUUCGAGUUAAUCUCGUCGUUCUCUCGCUAAAUUGGAUAGCCGCUGCUAGAUCAUUGGCGUAAAGUAGUAUACUUUCAAGUACAAAUAUUGUGUCUCUGCCAAACCCUCAAUCUUCCUAGACAGUUUGAAGGCAGCCCAAGUAAGUUGCAGAAGGUUGCGAUAAAUCAUCAAGGGAAAGUUUCAGGUGGAUAGAGCCGAGCAGUGCGGAUAAUGAACGAUUCCAUCACUGAGGCGACUCCAUUUGAUUUGGAACCCACCUUUUUGUAUCCUGUUGUCACUUGCUACCUGGUUAUCUCGUUAGUUGCUUUCGUUGGCAACCUCUCUGUCUGUUACGCCAUACUCGCCGACAGAAAACUCCGCGACAAUCCUACAAAACUCUUGUUGUUGUCUUUGGCCAUCUCGGACCUUCUCACAGUAACCAUUGUCGUGCCAUUUGACAUCGAAUCGCUUUUAUUACAUGGACUGUGGAAACACGGAGAAGCUUUCUGCAUAAGUUGGCUUACAGUGUACCUUAUCACUGUAUCUAGCUCGAUUUUGACGCUUUUAGCCAUCAGCGUGGAUCGAUAUAACACCCUUCGUGAUCCUCUCGCUCGGUUUCGACGUUCGCAUUUCAUGACCAAGAAGAGAGCUGUAACAAUCUCCCUGCUAAUUUGGAUUUACUGCAUUUUAUGGUCUCUGCUUCCCACCAUUGGGUGGCGAGAUGGAACUAUAGAGCCGAUCUUGAAGGGAGCAUGUGUAAUACCAUACACUAAGGUUUACCAUAUGCUCAGUUCUCUCUUAAAUUUUAUACUCCCAUUGCUGGUCACAUGUUUGUUUUAUAUCCUGAUUUAUCGCAUUGCCCGCAACCAUGGAACCAAGGGUAACAACGGCGCUAGCUCACCGUCAACCAAACAGACUACUAAAGAAGGACGCAAAAUCUAUUUGAAGAAUAUCAAAGCAGCCAAGACUACUUCGAUGUUCGUCUUGGCCAUUUUCUUCUGCUGGCAGCCAUACGCGUAUUUCAGCAUGGUGGUCACCUUGGGUGCUUUGAAUCCAAUUUCUUACGAAGUUUUCCUGGUGCUGCUGAUGCUUGGCUAUCUUAACUCGGCGCUUAAUCCGUUUUUGUUUACCUUCCAAAACAAACAUUUUAAAGCUGUACUGCUAAAGCCAUUCUCUUUAUUUUAGCAGCCCUGAUUGGUU